AUGCACGAGCAAGCCAAAAACAGCACAAGCCUACACCCCGACAUCCCAGCCGACCUAAACCCAGCCAAGCGCGCAUCAACCGCAAUCCCAAACGACAACCCAAUAACACCCCUAACCAUGCGAGCCCUAUACUACACACCACAAGGAACAACCAAAGACCUCCCAGACAGCCACCAAGGCGACGGCAAAUCAUACGACUCCACCAAAACAACCAUCCGCAAGCACGGAUCCGGACUAGUCCUCGACACAAGCUUCCCAACACCACAACCCUCGCCACACCAAUACCUCCUCAAGAUCCAAACCGCGGCAUUCUGCCACGACGAAAUCAGACUCGCCUCGGCGCUGAAUCCGCACAAGACUACGCCCCAGAUCCCACUGCACAGUCUCUGCGGGACGGUGAUCAGCACACCCGCCGAAGACGAAGAGCGGGAUGAAGGUCCGCGGUUCCGGAUUGGAGAUGUGGUCUUUGGGUUGUUGAGUUACACCCGAGAUGGGGGCGCUGCUGAUUAUGCUGUUGCGUGUGAGGCAGAGUUGGCGCUGAAACCGGGGAAUAUUACUGCUGCUGAGGCGGCGGCGUUGGCCUUGCCUGCGCUCACGGCUUGGCAGGCGCUUUUUCGCUAUGCGGGGCUUGAUCCGGAUGUUCCUGGGGGUCUUGAUGAGGACGGGGAUGCCGGCGGGAAUGGGACUGGGCGGUGGGUUUGGCAUCAGUCGAGGCGGAAUACUCUUGCUGGUGAUCCUGUUUAUGGGUUUGGCAAGUUUACUGGGCAUGGGAGUGGGGUUAGGGGUGGCAAUGCUGUUGGGGGGGAUGGGAGGAAUGAGUUUCAUGGGAGUAUUGUUGAUGCUAAUUCGGAACAGCGUGGGGGCAGGGGGAAUGAUUUGGCCAGUGGUGCGAGUGGGAGCACCGGUGGCAGUGGGAUGGGAGGUGGUGAGAAUGGGCGUUGGGUUUGGCAAUGGAAUCGUCGCGGGACGAUUCUCGCUGGUAAUGGGAGCAAGAAUGACCCCAUGCCGGUCAUUCCUGGAUCUGCCUCUGGCGCUGGUUCUGGUAGAAUCGACAGCACUCAAACCCCGAAUGCAGACAUGCAACACCGCAACACGCUUCAGAACCUGGCAAGUAGCAAUGCACGUCGUGGCAGUCUGUUCAGCUUAAUCAAUGGACACCGCGAGAGUCAGUCCAGCGCCAAUCGGGAUGGCAAUGGCAAUGAGCGCCGCAAUACAUUGCUAGGUCUGGUCAACAGCAACGGAAGCCGAAGCAGUCAGUCCAGAAACAGCAUUGUAGGGAGUAUCAGUGGCAGUAUCAGCGGGAGCAUCAACGCAGCCAAGAAGAAUCGAGACCCAUCCAUCAGGAUAUUGGUCACAAAUGCUCGAGACAACGAAGUCGGCCGCAUCGCAGUGCAACUCCUACGAGCAGAGACACUAUUCCCAGCCACAAUGCGGCCCUGGAUCUGCGUGACCUGCACCAAAGCCGAAGAGGGGAUCAUCACGCAAGAGUGGGAUGUUGACGGUGUCAUUGUGAUUCCGCAUCUGCCUCUUCCAGCCGAGUGCGAUAUCGGUGGCACAUUCAAAAGCCAGCGCUGGCCGCCUGUUGAUAUCGUGCUGGAUUGCACUGGCGGCGAAGUAUUCCGACAGGCGCAUGCUCCCCGUGUCAUCAAGAACUACGGGGCUGUGAUGACGGUUGUUGAAGCCCGGUCUGCAGAUCAGCCGCUGUAUCGGGCUGAGCGGGAUGUCCUUGGGCACCGAAAGAGAGGGAUCAAGACGCGGUUUGUUCCUCCUAAUCCAGAUGGGGAGGCUAUGGCACGGAUCGUGGAUUUGGUGGAGGACAAUCUUGUUCGAGGGAAGGAGGAUACAGUUGUUGAUCUUGAGAGAGCAAUUGAUCUUUUAGCUGGGAAGGCUGCUGGGACUGCUGGGAGCCGGAAGGGGAAGAUGAUGGUUGUUAGGCUUCAUGCCGGUUCGUCUGGAAAGAAAACUCGAGAGACGCCUGGGGAGACUCCUGUAGGGCAGUCCCCUUCUGUACGAAGUCCAGUUGGACGAACGUUCUCAGUACGGACCUCUUCUGGAAAAGUGCCCGCGGCAAAGACUCCCUCUGGACAGAUUCCUGCGGAUUUUUAG